GGAAUACUCAUGAUCCUCUAAUUCAGCAAUCAACACCAACGAACACAACCUUUUCCAAAGCCAAUAAUAAAAGAACAAAAGCUUUUAGUUUCAUCAAAGACGAAGCUGCCUUAGAAAUGGAGUUGGAUCUUGGUCUAUCUCUUUCACCUCAUAAAUCUUCCAAGUUAGGGUUUAACUUUGACCUCAACAAGCAUUGUGCGAUCGAGGGUGCUGCGUCUUGUUUGGGUACCGAAAAACUGCGUUUUGAGGCGACGUUUGGGUUAGGGAAUGUGGAGGAAAAUUGUUAUAUGCCAAAACAGCGUUUGUUUGCCUUGAAUGGCCAGCCCAACGAGGAAGACGAAGAUCCUCUGGAAUCCGAGUCUUCAAUAGUUUACGAUGAUGAGGAGGAAAAUAGCGAAGUUGUUGGAUGGCCACCAGUAAAAACAUGUAUGAUAAAGUAUGGUAGUUAUCAUCAUCGUCAUAUUCGUAAUCACCAUCAUUGCCCGUAUCAUCAUCGUGGUAGGAGGAUCACGGCGAUGAACAACAACAUAUCUAAUCCAACAACGGCUACUGUGGGAUCAUCAUCUUCUUCGUCAAUAUCAUCAAGAUCAUCAAUGUAUGUUAAGGUUAAGAUGGAUGGUGUGGCAAUAGCAAGAAAAGUGGAUAUCAAGCUUUUUAACUCUUACGAGUCCCUCACUAACUCCUUGAUCACUAUGUUUACCGAAUGUAAGUACUAAUUACGUUUAUCAAAAUCUAGAGUAAGAAACCUAUAAACAAUUGAAAAUAGAACGUAACUUUUUACUACUAUUGAAUCUAAUUUUGGGUUAUCAGAUGAAGAUUGCGACAGAGAAGAUACAAAUUAUACAUUCACCUUCCAAGGGAAAGAGGGUGACUGGCUACUUCGAGGGGAUGUUACAUGGAAGAUCUUUGCGGAAUCUGUUCAUCGGAUAUCAAUAAUUAGAGAUCGACCGUGUGCAUAUACAAGAUGUUUGUUUUAAGGAUAGGCGUUCAAAUCGGACCAUUAUUUUUUAUUUUGUAAUUAAAAUGUCUAUCAUUUGAUUAAAUUUCCACUCGAUCUUUUUCCUCUAUUCUUCUAGUUCUUAGUAUCAAAUCCAAUGGUUUAUAAUCUGUUGUUAUCUGAUCCAUGGCUAACACAUGGACAAAAAGCUAAAGAAAAUUCAAAAGUAAAAAAAACUCAUGAAUUGUCAAAGACAGACUAGCUGAUAAUAAUUAAGAUGUUAGACUUUUUGUGUGUACCGAAUUGAUUUUUUUU